UCUUGGAAUUUCCAACUUUAAUUUUGGAAAUUCCAACUUUAAUUUAGAUAUUCAGACAGAUCUUUUCUUUUAAACGUCAUUUGUAAUCCAGCUCUGUAAUGGAUAGAACUGUUUUAAUAGGAGAAUAUUUUAAACUGGGUUUAAAGUAUAGUGAAAUUUUAAAAUGCCUGGAAACACUUCAAGGAUAUGUCAUAAGCCUCCGCACUUUGAAAAGAAUUACUCGCAAUUUAGGGCUCUAUCGUAGAAAACACAGAAGUGAUAUUGUAGAUAUUGCAAUGUUUAUUAUGGAACAAUGUGGAAAACAUGGCCAGAUGCAUGGUUAUCGGUGGCUUCAUUUAAACUGCUUGGAGGAAGGAUUUGUUGUAGAUCAGGAAACAAUACGUGUAUUGCUGCACAUUUUAGACCCUGAUGGCAUAGAGUACAGAAAAAGAAGAAGACUAAGAUGACGCGUCUACUCUGUUCCUGGUCCAAAUGCGGUAUGGCAUAUUGACGGGUAUGAUAAGCUCUCACGAUAUGGUAUGGAAAUUCAUGGAUGUGUUGAUGGAUUUUCUCGGCAAAUAAUUUGGUUAAAUGCUGGUGUAUCUAACAAAAACCCAAACAUCAUUGCAACUUACUACAUAUAAAGUAUCAGAAAACAUAACACGUACCCACGAAGGUUACGCGCAGACUUAGGAACCGAGAACGUCCAUGUUGAGACUAUACAAAAUAUUCUCCGAAGAAAUCACAGAGAUGAGUAUGCUGGUAACCGUAGCUUUUUGUAUGGUAAGAGCACGCAAAAUCAGAGAAUAGAAUGUUUAUGGGGAAUGGUUCGCCGCCAGGGCAUGCAGUAUUGGAUCAACUUUUUCCAAGAAUUAGCUGAAUCUGGUUUCCACGAUGGGGGAUAUUUAGAUCAGGAACUUUCAAGAUUUUGCUUCUUGGAAAUGGUACAGAAAACCCUUGAUGAUAUAAGUUUGAUUUGGAAUCGACAUAGAAUAAGACCAUACAGACAAAGAAUUGCAAGAUGUGGACGUCCAUUCAUGCUUCACUACAUGCCAUCAGUAUUUGAUACCGUGAAUUACGGGCUCGAAAUAAAUGAAAAUGACAUACAAGUAUGCGAAAGAGAACUUGAACCGGUACCUCCUUUUCCGUGUAGCGAAUUAAUAAAAGAACUGUGCAUCUGCAUAAUGGAAGAGAACGGUCUUGCUCAACCUCAACAUCCAGAUGAGAUGCGAGAAUUGUACAUCUUCCUCAGAGAAAACAUGAUUAAUCACUUAUAGUUAUCUUAACAAAAGUUUAUUGAUAACUUUAAUUAUUUUGAAAUAAAUAUUUUUGUAACCCAUCAUUAUUUGUGCAUCCAAGCGAUCGACUAAAUGACAAAAGUACGCGCAUUUGUUUUACUACAGUAACUGUCAAAUGCAACGUUUAACUAGCUAAUUAAAUGUCAGAUUUAAUUUAAGUAGCUAUAAUAGGCAAUUUCACAUCUAGAUUAUUUCUUGAUCGAUCAAAACUAGUGCGAGGACUUGCACAAACUGAUCGCAGAUUUUUAAUUAGUUGUGUACCAUGGUAACCUUUACAUAUAUGGA